GCUAUUCCGGGUUCCAGAAGAAUUCCCAGGGUCAGAAUGGGAAGAAUAGAAAGUACUAUAAGGUCGGUCGACGACCAAAGAGAAGCAACGAAAGCAAGGACUUUCUCUUCUUCGUUUUUGCAUUCCAUCUUCGGAUUAGGGUUUGAGAGAUGGCGACCAUGGAGAGCUUGAUCGGGCUUGUUAAUCGGAUACAGAGGGCGUGCACAGUGCUCGGUGAUUAUGGCGGUGCUGAUGGCGCUUUACCUACGCUUUGGGAGGCGCUACCCUCAGUCGCCGUCGUUGGUGGUCAGAGUUCCGGCAAAUCAUCGGUGUUGGAGAGUAUUGUUGGACGUGAUUUUCUUCCCCGUGGAUCUGGGAUCGUGACCAGGAGACCGCUGGUGUUGCAGCUGCACCAGACGGAGGAAGGACAAGAAGAGUAUGCUGAGUUCCUUCACUUGCGUAAUAGGAAGUUCACGGAUUUCUCGCUUGUGCGUCGAGAAAUUCAAGAUGAAACUGAUAGGGUUACUGGAAGACGAAAACAAAUUUCUCCUGUACCCAUCCAACUCAGCAUUUACUCACCAAAUGUUGUGAACUUGACAAUGAUCGAUCUGCCUGGUUUAACCAAGGUUGCUGUAGAGGGACAACCAGAGAGUAUUGUUUCAGAUAUUGAAAACAUGGUUCGCUCAUAUGUAGAGAAGCCGAACAGCAUCAUAUUGGCAAUUUCUCCUGCGAACCAAGACAUUGCCACAUCUGAUGCUAUUAAACUUGCUCGGGAAGUUGAUCCAACAGGAGAACGCACAUUUGGAGUUCUGACAAAGCUAGAUCUGAUGGAUAAGGGAACAAAUGCACUUGAUGUUCUAGAAGGAAGAUCUUACAGGCUGCAGCAGCCUUGGGUGGGAAUUGUCAAUCGUUCACAGGCAGACAUCAAUAAGAAUGUUGACAUGAUUGCUGCCAGGAGAAAUGAGCGAGAAUACUUUGAGACUAGUACCGAUUAUUCACACUUAGCUAGCAAAAUGGGUUCAGAAUAUCUUGCGAAACUUCUUUCAAAGCAUCUGGAGUCUGUAAUUAGGUCACGCAUACCAAGUAUCACAUCUUUGAUAAACAAAACAAUAGAUGAACUGGAAAAAGAGAUGGAUCAAAUUGGAAGACCCGUUGCUGUUGAUCCAGGGGCGCAAUUGUACACCAUAUUGGAACUCUGUCGUGCUUUUGAUCGUGUGUUUAAGGAGCAUCUUGAUGGAGGGCGAGCUGGUGGUGAUCGGAUAUAUGGAGUUUUUGACAAUCAACUCCCUGCUGCUUUGAAGAAGCUUCCUAUUGAUCGGCACCUCUCCCUGCAAAACGUGAGAAAAGUAGUCUCUGAGGCAGAUGGUUAUCAGCCCCAUCUAAUUGCUCCUGAGCAAGGUUAUCGUCGCCUGAUUGAGGGGGCUCUGAGCUUCUUCAGGGGUCCAGCUGAAGCAUCUGUGGAUGCUGUACACUUUGUUUUGAAGGAACUGGUGAGGAAGUCAAUUGGAGAAACUCAGGAAUUGAGAAGAUUCCCCUCCCUCCAAGCUGAACUAGCUGCUGCCUCGUACGAGGCGUUGGAAAGAUUUCGUGAGGAUGGUCGGAAGACUGCAUUACGGUUAGUUGACAUGGAAGCCUCAUAUCUAACAGUGGAAUUCUUUCGUAAGCUCCCACAGGAAAUGGGGAACCUCCAAGGCUAUGGUCAAGGCCCAAGGUCAAAGUCAAGGUCACAGCCAAGGCCAGGGCCAAGGUCACAGCCCAAGGCCAAGGUCACAGCCAAGGCCAAGCCAAAGGUCAAGCCCAAGGCCAAGGUCACAGCCAAGGCCAAGCCAAAGGUCAAGCCCAAGGACCAGCGCAAGCGCCGUCUGCUUCUAUUGAUAGAUAUUCUGAGGGGCAUUUCAGGAGGAUAGCUUCCAAUGUUUCAUCUUAUAUAACGAUGGUCUCGGAUACACUUAGAAACACCAUCCCAAAGGCAGUGGUUUAUUGCCAAGUUAGAGAAGCCAAGAGAUCUUUGCUCAAUCAUUUCUACACACUAAUCGGGAAGAAAGAGGGCAAGCAGCUUGCGCAGCUCUUGGAUGAGGAUCCUGCG